UCAUCGAGUAUGUCUCCACGCGUGAUAGGUUAUGAGCUUCCCCCCAAUGGAUUCGUAGUCCAUCUGGCAUUUUGCAGCGCAAUGCUGAGCAAGCCCCGCAAGGCAAAUUAGCAGCAAUCUUUUUUAGUGCGCACGCAGCAGCACACGAGUCCAACGUGCUCAAAGCCUUUUUUGUAGAGGGACAUUGCGGUCAGAGCCUUGCACACUCCCAACAAGCCGACAUGGUUGCGAUAGGUCGACAACACACCAGAGAUGUGAUGGUUGCCUGGGGGGCAGCUAGAGCAGCUCAUCAAGAUGACCAGGAGAUUUGUGCGCAGCUUCUUUUGGAACAAGUGGCCAACAAGAGCGCCACGUUGGAGGAGGUGCGCAUUCAGUGGCAUGAUGAUCGUGCAGAGUUGCUCGCCAAACGUGCCAGAGGAAAGGGGUACAAGCGACGAAUUGCGGAGCUGGAGGCGCAAGUAGCCCAGAAUGCUAUGCUGGAUGAGGUGCGCGUACAAGAUGGCUGUGACGGUGACGAGCUGCUUGUCGAGGGGGAGGAGUCCGAGCAGCACAUUGAGGCGCAAGAAGCGCAAGCUGCCGAUGCGUCAGUUCAGCUGCAAAAUGAAUGGCAAAAGGAGCUGCUCGCCGCACAGACCAAGAAAAAGGAAUUCCAGCAGCGCAUCAAGGCGCUAGAAGCGCAAGUUGCUUGCCCAUCAGAGAACGCACCUAGUCAGAGGGAGGCUGAUCUUCAGCGUCAGCUCAGAGAGGAGCGGACAAGGUGUGAAGAACUUGAAGAAGCGCUCGAUGACUUGUUCCUGGAGAAACUAGAUCAAGAAGCUGAUGAGCUGGAUGAGGAGACCUACCCAGCCGCUCGUUGCUUCUUCCCAGAGCUGGUGGCCAACACUCCUGCCGAUAAGCUGGUCGAGAAGAUGUACGACUUGGAGAAUUCUUGGUCUUGGCACCAAAGUGUCCCCAGCAGCAUCUUGCAGGGCUCGAGGGUGCAGCAACAGCACUUUAUACGUUGGGCUGGCAAGCCAAUAGCUAAGUGGAGCAACAAUUUUUGCGCGGGAAUAGAUCAUCUGAUCGCUCGACAAAAAGUGGCGCUAGGCCAUUCCCUCACAUUGGAAGGCGCGAGGAAGAGCAAAGGCGGCAGGAGGGCAGGGCAAUGAAUCUGCAAAGUGAGCCCAAGUAGAAUGCCAUGCACGACUUCAUCCUGAGUGCAAAGGCUGCGUGCAAAGGCUGCGUGCAAGCUUUGUGCACGAGGGUUGGGUGGCGUGCGUGCGUGCGUGCGUGCGCGCGUGCAAUUGAGC